AUGUCUUCUCUCAUCAACAAGGUCAAGGAAAAGCUCCAUUCCGACAACAAGACGGAGCAGCCUGAGGGCACUCAUGGACCUCACAGCUCCCGAGCUGCCAAUGCUGCCGACCCUCGCGUCGACUCCGACCGCGACCACCGUGAGCAACUGGGCCGCCAUGAUGGCUCUUAUACCACCGGCGGAGACAACUACUCCUAUGGCGGUGACACUACCACCCAGGGCACGACUGGUACUUCGACCUUGGACUCCAGCAAAGGCACUGGGUUCGGCUCAACUGCCACCACCGGCCCUGCUUCCAAGACUGCCGGCAUGCACAGCUCCAACUUGGCCAACAAGGCUGAUCCCAGAGUAGACUCUGAUCUUGACGGCAGCCGCAACAUGGGCCUCCGCUCCAGUGGUGCCACUGCUGGAACUGGAACUGGAACUACUGGAACUACUGGAACUACUGGAACUACUGGAACUACUGGAACUACUAGAACCACUGGAACCACCGGAACCACUGGAACCACUGGUUUCGGAGCCGGCACCGGCACUACCAAGACUGCUGGCAUGCACAGCUCAGACAUGGCCAACAAGGCUGACCCCAGAGUUGACUCUGACCUCGACGGCAGCCGCAACAUGGGCCUCCGCUCCAGCGGCGCCACUGCUGGAACGGGAACCACUGGAACCACUGGCUUUGGAACUGGUACUGGCACUACCAAGACUGCGGGCAUGCACAGCUCAGACAUGGCCAACAAGGCUGACCCCAGAAUUGACUCUGACCUCGACGGCAGCCGCAACAUGGGUCUCCGGUCCAGCGGCGCUACCUACGGCACCGGCACCACUGAGUUCAGCUCCGGUACAGGCCAUCAAACGGGCAUGGGCCAGGAGACUACGAGCAGUGCAUAUGGCGGCGGUAUGGGCAGUCUCGGUGGAGGCUAUGGAACAACCCGCCAGGCUACUGGCCCAGCUCCCACCACGGCCGGUCCCCACAAGUCCGACAUGAUGAACAAGAUGGAUCCUCGUGUGGACAGCGACCUCGACAACAGCAAGACCUUUGGAGGCGACAAGACCUAUUCGCAGUCGGACAGGACCACGGCCAAGGAUCCCACGGAUGCCGCUCAGGUGCCACCUUCAGUCUUGCGGAAGCACAUUGGUGAGCCAACUAUUGAGCAUGGGGAUAGCACAUAUGAUCGUGUGCGGAGACACAGCGUCUCUCAUCAGGAACAGCAUCGUGGAUUGUAG